AUGCCUCCGAAACUCGAGACCUCAUCGAGACAGCCGCCAGUGUUACUUCUAUCUCAUGGUACUACGAUGCUUACGGGCGAGCGAUCACAUAUUCGAGACUACUGGAAAUUGCAGGGCGACAAGGCCCUUGAUUAUGGGAUCAAAGGUGUUGUCAUUAUGCUAUAUCUCCAGGGGGCUCACUGGAAUGUCUCGGGAAGAAAAGUCCACGUGGCAACCAACGCCAAUGUAAUUCCGGAGCCAGUUGGGUUGGUAAAAAAGUCGGAAUGGGCACACUACAAGCCCAAUCCGGACCUCGAGACGGGAGCUCGAUGCGUGGAGAUGCUUAAGCAAGCUGGAUUCGAUGCUAUCGCUGACCCAGACUUCAACUGGCUCAUUGAUACUUUUCCAUUACUGACACGUAUGUUCCCUGAUGGCUGUCCCCCAGUCACCAUUAUAUCUCAAAAUGAGUACUUCGAGCCGUACUUCCAUGUGGAGAUAGGCCGAGUGUUGCGACCGUUAAGGAAGGAAGGCUACCUCUUUAUCGGUUCUGGUGGCGGCGUUCACAACCUCUACCGCGUGCACUGGAAGUAUAAUUGGAAAUAUCGCGAUACGUUUGCGCAGGAAGUACCACCGGACAGUGGGAAUCUUGAAUUCCGACAAGCGUUAGAGGAUGCGCUCUGCAAGAACGGUGGCGGUCCAGGAUUGAAGCGUGCUGUGGUUCGACUAAUGAAACAUCCUGAUUACCGCGCUGCUCACGGUACAGACGAUCACUAUAUGCCGACAUGCUUUAUAGCAGGUGUGGUUGGUGAGGAGGAGGAUCGCAAUGAUUCAGUAGUUCUUGGCGCUGAAGUUUGGGAAUUGGUAAGUGUCAGAGGAAACAGUCCUUUCUUUUAA